AUUCAAUCCUUUCUCUCUCUUCCUUUUCUUUUAUUAUUACAACCAUGUCUUCCAGUAAUCCUUUUAAACGUCCUUUUGAUAAAUUAGGAAGUUACAUUACGCGUACAAGUUUAUUAUUACAAGAAAUUGAGCAAGAUGAACUCGAUCAUUUUAAUAAUGAUGCCGAACUUGAUAUUUCUUGUCGAGAAUACUUGCCUUCGUUCGUAAAAGACAGAACUGAAAGAGAGAAUAUACCAACGCAUGUAAAGACGGCUACACCUUCACCGAGUUCCCCAAAGAGAGCCAAGACCAGCACACAAGAAGAGGAUGCCAACGUCAAAAGUUUACCGUCUCCCCUCGUCAAGAAAGAGGCGUCAGUCAAACACUUUGAUUCCUUCCCAAGAUAUCAUUCUGUAGUGAAUAACAAAGGACCCGUCGAACCACGCUGUCUGGAAGAGAUCACCGUCAAUGGAAAGAAAUAUUUGGUAUUGAAACCUUUAGGGGAAGGAGGAUCUGGUAAAGUCUUUCAGGUAUUUUCUUACGAACAUACCGAAAAUUUUGCUCUUAAAUGGGUCAAAGUACGCAACAAGGAAGAAAUGGAGAACGUCAAGAAUGAGAUCGAACUUAUGCGCCUUUUAGAGGACAGUGUACAUACCAUCACCUUGUUUGACUCUGAAUUCACCCCUCAGGUCGUUCUUAUGAUUAUGGAAUACGGUGAGAUGGAUUUCGCUACCUUGAUUAAAAUCAAAUCAUUGAGUCCAUGGGAUAUUGACUUUAUUCGUUACUAUUGGAAGCAAAUGUUACAGGCCGUGUGUGCAACCCAUGGAAAAGAUAUCAUUCAUUCAGACCUAAAACCCGCUAAUUUCAUUGUGAUUCGAGGCUCUCUGAAAUUAAUUGAUUUCGGCAUUGCUGCAGUAGUGCCCGAUUAUACUACGCAUAUUGCACGCGAUUAUCAAGUGGGCACGCGUAACUUUAUGGCACCCGAGACAUUUACAGAAGGGAGCAAUAGUGCAUCAGAUACCGUCUUCAAACAAGGUCGACCCAGUGAUAUUUGGUCUUUGGGAUGUAUUCUCUACCAAAUGAUCUUUGGUCUGCCUCCCUUUUACAGUGUACCCAAACACAUGUUGGCUAAAACCAUUACCAAUCCAAACCAUGACAUUGCCUUUCCUAAACACGCCAAGUAUGCAGGUGAAACCAUUGACAUUCCUGAGGAGUUGAGUGCUGUCCUCAAAAUGUGUCUUCAUCGUAAUCCCAAAUUACGACCCACCAUGUCAGAAUUAUUGAACACAAAGUUCUAAAAAAAGAAAAUAAAAAAUGUUGAAGGCAGAUUUUUUGCCAGUAAAUGAGCCCCAAAUUACAUUCGGCGGCGAUAUCGUCGGG